UCUACUCGAUCACUGAGUACUAGGGUUUGAGCCGAGUAUAAAAUAAUUUUCCUGGUGGAGCUAGCCUCCUUUACCAAAAAAUAAAAAUAAUCACCUCAGCACACUGUUACUCCCUCAGCUCUGCGCGAAACCCUAAAGCAAUGCCUCCCAAAGCAGCUAAAUCCAAGGAAGCACCAGCGGAGAGGCCCAUCCUCGGCCGAUUCUCUUCUCAUCUCAAGAUCGGAAUCGUGGGACUGCCUAAUGUUGGGAAGUCUACUCUUUUCAACACGCUCACUAAGCUUUCAAUCCCAGCUGAGAACUUCCCUUUUUGUACAAUCGAGCCUAAUGAAGCCCGAGUUAAUGUCCCUGAUGAGCGAUUCGAAUGGCUUUGCCAGUUGUUCAAGCCCAAAAGUGAGGUUUCAGCUUUCCUAGAAAUUCAUGAUAUAGCUGGACUGGUUAGAGGUGCUCAUGAAGGGCAAGGAUUGGGCAACAACUUCUUGUCUCACAUUCGUGCAGUUGAUGGCAUUUUUCAUGUUUUACGUGCAUUUGAAGAUUCAGACAUCAUCCAUGUCGAUGACUCUGUGGAUCCUGUAAGGGAUUUAGAGACUAUUAGUGCAGAGUUAAGGUUAAAGGAUAUUGAAUUUAUGGAAAGGAAGAUAGAGGAUAUUGAAAAGAGCAUGAAGAGGAGUAAUGACAAGCAAUUAAAAAUAGAGCAUGAAUUGUGUGAAAGGGUUAAGGCAUGGCUUGCAGAUGAAAAAGAUGUUCGCCUUGGGGACUGGAAAGCAGCUGAUAUUGAGAUAUUGAAUACUUUUCAAUUGCUUAGUGCCAAGCCGGUUGUUUAUUUGGUUAACAUGACUGAGAAAGAUUACCAAAGGAAAAAGAACAAGUUCUUACCAAAGAUUCAUGCUUGGGUGCAAGAACACGGUGGUGAACCUAUCAUUCCUUUCAGUGGUGUGUUUGAGAGAAACCUUGCUGAUAUGGAACCUGCAGAUGCUGCAAAGUAUUGUGAGGAAAACAAGGUGCAAAGUGCUCUUCCAAAGAUCAUCAAGACUGGUUUCUCUGCUAUUAAUCUCAUAUAUUUCUUCACCGCAGGACCAGAUGAGGUUAAAUGCUGGCAAAUUAGACGGCAAUCCAAGGCUCCUCAAGCUGCAGGAGCCAUUCAUACUGAUUUUGAGAGAGGAUUUAUAUGUGCUGAGGUCAUGAAAUUUGAAGAUCUGAAGGAGCUUGGCAGUGAGUCAGCUGUCAAGGCUGCUGGAAAAUAUAGGCAGGAAGGGAAAACUUAUGUGGUCCAAGACGGAGACAUAAUAUUCUUUAAGUUCAAUGUUUCCGGAGGCGGGAAGAAGUGAAAUGAGACUCUCUGGUGCUGGGUUCGGACUUACAUCCCUGGAUUAUCAAAUCCGUACGCAUUUUGGUCCCAUCUGUUUCUUUGCUUAGAUACCAUCACUUACAAACCCUCAAAAGCCAAGACAGAAUAUGAUAUUGGGCAUGCAUCCAUCUAUUUUUAUUUUGAUCUGAGUUUUUAUUUGUAGCAUCAUAUUAUUAUAUAUAUACGCAAAUAUUGGAGGAUGGAUUAUGUUGAGUGAUAGAUGUUUGGUUCUUCAGCACCUAUUUUGCUUUGUAGAAAUUCUAUAUCAUUUACACUCCCAUCCAUCAGUUAUGUAUACGUUGCAAUCCGAUUGUUAACAUCUUGACCCUGAAUUGCAUUUAUAUUAGCAGUUUUUAUCCAAUAAUAUUUGGCCUA